AUGGUUUUGUUUGUGAUACGGCCGAUCCAAAUGGAUUCUUGCAUCUUCAUGUUAGUUCCCAAUUUCACCCGGCCAAGAUUUAUAUACAAUGUAGUGGAGCAGUCUCUCCCUUUUUAUGAUUUUCUACAUGUUUAUUUUGUCAUGUCUUAAAUCAGAGAUCCUGCCCUAAAUGUUAUUCGUCAUUUCUUUAGAAUUUUUUGUCCGUAAACAGAUUUCUUAAUAGUAAGUAUUCUUUUUAUUGUUUUGUUUGAUUCACUGACCAAACAAUGUUGUUAAGUUCCGAUGUCUGAGUUAUUUAUGUAGCAUUCUCGAUCUUAAAAACAUAACUGUUGAUUAUGGGCUUAAAGUUUUGUAAAUCUCCAAUGGAUAGAUGCUUCUAUGAAAGAAAAGAUUGUUUUUAA